AAAUGGAAAAAUACAAGAAUAUUAUAACGUAUGAAAUAAUGAAAGAAAUCAAUUUUACAUUCUAUUGUUUCUAAUAUAGUCGUAUAUACUAUCAGGCUCUUUGAUACUAUGUAUUCAUACAAUCUUAUAUUGUGGAUAGAUUUGUUUAAUAAUAGUUCAUUGUAUAUAAGUGAGUAAAAUAUAUAAAAUAUCUGUCUGUUAUAUCUACUCUCUUUCAUCAUUGUUAGAGAAACAGUAAGUAUAUCUUCUGUAUGUGACAGAGACUUUUAAUUGUAGUAAACAGAAAAACACAUAUUUUUAAAUGCACACUAAGUAUGUACACAUUAUGACUUUCUUAUGACAUUAUGUCGAUAAUGUAAAUAUUUAUGAAAUGUUCUAAAUAUGUAGUUUUAACAUAUAUUUCUUGUAUUAACAAAAACAAAUGACUUGUAAUACAUUGUGUUAUUGUAAAACAUAAUCUCAUAUGGAUGUUGCUGUAUAAUAGGUUAUUAAUACAAAUCUUUCAAGCAGAUUCUGCAGAAAUGGUGAAUGAAAUCAAAAACAAGGUAAUAUUGCAUUGGAAUUGUCGAGGUCUUGAGGAAAUUCCUGAAGCAAUAAGGUUUUAUGGCAGUCAUAUUCAAGAAAUAUAUUUGAAAUGGAAUAAACUUUCGACAUUACCACCAUGGAUCAUAGAACUGUUCAAUGUUACAAAUUUGUACAUAUAUGGAAACUUACUCAAAGAACUACCUUCACAACUCUGUGACAUGAGUCAACUGUUGGUUCUUGAUGUAAGCGCUAACAAGCUAGAGCAAAUACCAUCAUGCAUAAAAAAUUUAAUUAACUUGAAAAGUUUGACACUAAAUCAAAAUUUUAUAGAUGAAUUACCAAGUGAAAUGAAUCAAAUGCAUAACUUGGAAGUUCUAUCUAUUUGUGGGAAUAAAUUCAUUGCAUUACCAGAAUGGAUUGGUUCUUUGCCUAAACUAAAGGAAUUAAAUGCAGAUAAUAAUUGUUUAAAGGAAUUACCCAAUAGACUUACUUUAUCACCACAGAUAUCACUAAUUUCUGUGUGUUCCAACAGGCUAAGGUAUUUACCACUAAAUGGAUUUGUAUCAUCUCCUUGCAUUAAAUUUGAUGCAAAUGGGUCUUUAAAUUAUUUAUCUUAUCCACUUCUUUAUCAAUUAACUUCUCGAAACCAAGACUUUCAUACACAUGGUCGAAGAAAUAUUUUAAGUUAUGGAUGUUUCAAAUCGCAUUGUGAGAACACAGUAUUACGUACAAAUAUAAAACUGAACAUAAAAAUAAAUGCAUUGCAUGGAGAGGAUACUGAUUUUGCGAUUGAAUUACCGCGCCAACUUUUAAAAGUUCAUAAUAUCCAUGAAAAUACAGUUGUUUCAUUAUGGGAAUUAGCUUUAAAAAAAGCUUAUACUGAAAGGUAUAAGCACACACUUAACAUUUCAACAUCGCCUAUAAAUAUAAAUGUUCAGUACGAAUCAAUUACAACAAAUGAUCAUGAAACUUCUGGCUUUAAAUUGUAUCCUAUCAACUAUGGUUCAUGUAACUUGUUGAUGAAUGGACCUGUUAGUAUCUGUGUACAUUCUCAAUGUCAACAGCCAAUCUUCACAGAAGCUUGGGUUAUUAUUGGUAUCAGCCACCAUGUAGAAUCUAUAACAACAGUUGCACUAUGUUGCUGCAAAAGAUGCGCUUCUGAAUUUAUUAAAUAUUCCAAUAUGAUAGUCAGCUAUGACUGGUAUCAUGUCAAUUAAUGAUACUUAUUUUGUUUAAUAGGUAAUUCUGUAAAUAUAAUGUAUAAAAAAAAAUAAAAGAAUUCCAUAUUUUUAAA